AUGUCGUUACCUUCGCCGGUUUCCCCUUCAAGGGGCUCCAAGUCAUUACUGUUUGCUUCGCCAGCACCGGCUCCUUAUACACGACAUGAGCGCCAACAAUCCUACUCUCCCUCCACGUCUUUCAGCUCAGUACCUUCUCAUGUACGGAACCAGUCUCUUCAGCGCCAAGCAAGCACAUCUAGUACCUUUGCUCCAAAGUUUAUCAAGUCAGAGGAAAUGAAGAAAAGCGAAGAAAGGAUAUCUGCUAUUGAAGGUGAAAACGACUUCUCAGGCAAGAGAUAUGUCUGGGUGAAAGACCCCGAGAAAGCUUUUGUCCGAGGUUGGAUCACCGAAGAGCUGUCUGGCGGCAAUGUCGUUGUUCAGUUCGACAGCGGCGCUUCAAUGGAGACCCAUAUCGACGAUGUGGACGCCGUGAAUCCAGCAAAAUUUGAUAAGGCCGACGACAUGGCCGAACUCACUCACCUGAACGAGGCUUCAGUCAUACACAAUCUCCACACCAGAUACCAGGCAGAUUUGAUUUACACAUAUUCAGGUCUAUUCCUGGUUACUAUCAACCCCUAUUGCCCUUUGCCCAUUUAUGGGAACGACUAUGUGCGCAUGUACAAGGGCCAAGCACGAGAAGAUACGCGCCCACACAUCUUUGCCGUCUCAGAUGCCGCCUUCCGCCGGCUAGUGGAGGAAGGUGAGAACCAGAGCAUUCUGGUUACUGGAGAAUCCGGAGCAGGGAAAACAGAAAAUACCAAAAAGGUUAUCCAGUACCUGGCAGCUGUCGCAACGUCGGAUUUUGAUACGCCGCUGACGGGAAGGGCACCAGGAAAGCAGCUUUCCAAUCUUUCCCAACAGAUCUUGCGAGCGAAUCCCAUUCUCGAAUCCUUCGGUAAUGCCCAGACAGUCAGAAACAACAACUCCUCCCGUUUUGGCAAGUUUAUUCGUAUCCAAUUCACGCGGUCUGGCCAGAUAGCCGGUGCUUUCAUUGACUGGUAUCUCCUUGAAAAAUCGAGAGUGGUCAAGGUCAGCCAGCAAGAACGGAGUUACCACGUGUUCUACCAACUCCUGGCUGGUACUGACCAACGGAUGCGGGAAGUACUGCUGAUAUUGGGCAUGGAUGUCGAGCACUUCGCUUAUACCAGGGGUGGCAAUGACACCAUCGCUGGUGUUUCGGACAGGGAUGAAUGGAACACCUUGAUCGAGGCUUUCCAUAUCAUGAACUUUUCCGAGAAGGAACAACUGGCUAUUUUCAAAACCAUCGCUGCCAUUCUCCAUCUCGGCAACGUUUCUGUGCGGCAAGAAAGCCGAACAGGCGACCAGGCUUCUUUGGACCCAGAAGCUCGAGCCUCCAUCGACAAGGCCUGCAGGCUGCUGGGUGUUCAAACGGAACCUUUCAUCAACGGUCUGCUCCAUCCAAAGGUCAAGGCGGGUCGAGAAUGGGUGGAAAAGGUGCAAACUCCAGAGCAGGUUCGGUUGGCCAUUGACGCGCUGUCAAAAGGUAUCUACGAGCGUGGUUUCGGUGACUUGGUAAGUAAGAUCAAUACUCAACUCGACCGUGGUGGGGUCAGCAGCGAUGAUAGCCAUUUUAUCGGAGUGCUCGAUAUCGCGGGCUUCGAAAUCUUUGAAACCAACAGCUUUGAGCAACUUUGCAUAAAUUAUACGAACGAGAAAUUGCAGCAGUUUUUCAACCACUACAUGUUCGUCCUCGAACAGGAGGAAUAUGCGCGAGAACAGAUCGAAUGGCAGUUUAUCGACUUUGGCAAGGACCUUCAACCUACAAUAGACCUCAUCGAACUGCCCAAUCCUAUUGGAAUAUUUUCUUGUCUGGACGAGGAUUCAGUAAUGCCAAGAGCUACAGAUAAGUCCUUCACAGACAAGUUGCACUCUCUAUGGGAGAAAAAGACCUCCAAGUACGCCCCUGCUCGUACAAGACAAGGCUUUAUCUUGACCCAUUAUGCGGCCGAGGUGGAGUAUUCCACUGAAGGAUGGCUUGACAAAAACAAAGACCCUCUCAACGAUAACCUUACCAGACUGUUGGCAUGUUCUAAAGACACUCACAUUUCGACAUUGUUUAGUGACUGUGUGGACGAGCUAGACGAACCGUACAGUCCACGCAGUCGGGUGAAGAAAGGCUUGUUCCGCACCGUUGCUCAGAGACAUAAGGAACAGCUGAGUAGCUUGAUGCGACAGCUUCAUUCAACGCAACCACACUUUGUUCGUUGUAUUCUGCCGAACCACAAGAAAAAGCCCAAACAAUUCAGUGCACCACUAGUUCUGGAUCAACUGAGAUGUAACGGUGUCCUGGAAGGUAUUCGUAUAGCGCGUACCGGGUUCCCAAAUCGCUUGACGUUUGCGGAAUUUCGAUCUCGAUACGAGGUUCUCUGUGAAAAUAUGCCAAAAGGUUACCUAGGUGGCCAAGAAGCGGCAAAGAGUAUGCUGGACUGCUUAAAGAUGGAUAAGUCGAAUUAUCGAGUCGGCUUAACCAAGGUCUUUUUCAGGGCUGGCGUGCUCGCUGACCUAGAGGAGCAAAGAGACGGCCUAAUUCGAGACAUCAUGUCACGCUUUCAGUCCAUUGCGCGAGGUUUCAUGCAGCGUCGUGUUGCCUUCAAGCAGUUAUACCGUGCAGAGGCCACGAGAGUCAUUCAACGAAACCUCAAUGUCUAUCUAGACUUGCAAUCAAACCCGUGGUGGCGCUUAUUUGUGCGUAUGAAGCCACUAUUAGGCGCUACCCGCACAGCCAACGAAGUUAAGAAGAGAGACGAGAAGAUCGAACAUUUGAAUACCAAGAUGAGGCAAGAAGCAGCCGAGAGACACCGAGUGGAGGAGGAGAGAAGACGCGCGGAAAUCGAUGUCCAGCGGAUUCAACAGACACUCGAAGCUGAACGUGCGCUUGCUUUGGACAAGGAAGAAAUAUUCAAGAGGCUACAAUAUCGCGAGAGUGAGUUGGCCGAGAAAUUAUCAGAAGCAAUAACAGAACAAGAAAGCCUCGAAGAUCAGCUGGACGCCGCAAUCGACUCCAAGAAGAAGGUAGAUGAAGAACUCGCUACUCGCCGCGAACAGGUCCUCCAAGCUGGCCAGAUCAUAACGAGACUGGAGGCUGAGAAGAAAGAGUUGCAGCAACAAAUCGACAAGCUCGAAGACGAACUCGACAACGUGGAGAAAACGCACUCGCAGAAUGACAACCGCCUCGAGAACAUCAGCGCGGAGCUAAGGACGUUGAAGAGUCAACUCGGCGUCAAAGAUCGGAAGAUCUCCGAGCUAGAAACCAGCCUCCAGCAAUCGCAGAGGGACAAAGACAGCAAAACUGCAGGUCUAGAACAGGAAAUCCGAAGUCUAAAAAGCCAGCUAGCCCAACGGGAUCGAACGAAGGACGAUCUCGAAAGCCGACUGCACAGGGCAGAAUCGCUGCGUGUGGAGGAGAACAAACGCAAGACUGACGACUUCGAGUCUCAAAUCCGCGCUCUGCGCAGCGAGCUGUCCGGAAAAGAUCAAAAAAUUCACGACCUCGAGAGCGACCUUUCCAGAAUCGACAAGGACGCCGAGAGCAAGCUGGCAAGCACAACCACCGAGUUAGGAACCACCAAGAAACUCCUCCGCGAAGUGCAAGGUCAGAACGAAGAGCUGCGCAAUCAAGUGACCAAGCUGUCGCUGCAGACGUCAAAGCACGACGAAGCGCUCCGCCGCAAAGAAGGCGAGCUGUCGGCCUUGAUGGCCGAUGUCGAGCACCACGAGAGAGAGAAGAUGGCGCUGAGGAAGGAAAACGACGCGCUGGCCGGAAAGCACGAUCUCAUCCAGCAGAAACAAGUCGAUCUGCAGGGCGACUUGGACGGCAUGCGCGCGCAAAGAGCGAAGAUGGAACGAGAGGCCGCAGAGGUCAGGAAGUGUUUGGAGCGAGCGAUGCCGUUCUUCACACAGCACUUUUCCACGUCGUCAUGA